GGCAGCCGCUGCAGGAGCCUCGGGUCUGCCCGGCUCCCGGGCGAGGCCCGGCUCCUGGGCGAGGCUGGAACUGCUGGCAGCCUCACAGGCGGCCGGUGGCGCUGGCUCGGGCGUGCUGGACGGGCCGCGGCCAUGGUGGACGCCGACGGCGGUUUGGUGGCGGCUGCCUGGGGAGGCGCUCCCUCGCCAGCUUCCCGUGCAGCGCAGCACUGCCCGGGCCCAGCUGCAGGCCGUGGAGCGCGCGCCGGCGCAUGCUGUGCCGCCAACUGUGCUCCAUUGCGACCGCCAGAGAGUUCUGGAUGGAGUUGCCGCUGGUCGGGCAUGGUGCGUGUGCGUUGCCAGGCCCGAGGAUCUCGGCCUUGGGCCCGCGGGCGUGCUGCUCCAGAAGACGACGGCGCCCCAGACCGCGGCGGGGGUGGCAAGGCUGGAGGCUGCUGAACUCCAAAUUGCGCGGGCGAGCGCAGAGGCUGACCGCCUUGCUGGCCAGGGCGCGGGCGAGGGAGUAAAACAUCCUCUCGAGCAUGUUUAAGAGGCAUGCGUGGCCGAGGAGGAACACAUCGAGAUUGCCUUGAACUACGUCGCCGAGCUCACCGAACAGGUGUAUAAUUCGCACAGCGGUUGGCCAGACGCGGGCAGGUUGCCAGGCCCUUCGCCCCAUGCACCUCCGCCGCCGCCUCGGUUCGAACUCGUCCCAGAAUUGUCCGAGCGGCAUGACCUCAGGUGCCGGCGGGGCGGUGGCUGGGAGUGCCACCGCUGCCGCCGCCACGCUGCAAAGGUCGACGCGCUGGAGGUGGAGCGCUGCCUGCUGCAUGCGGCCGCCCGCCUUGCCGUGGACGUCGGCAGCGCUGGGCUGGGCAGCCGCGGACAUGGCCUGUGGCGCACAGCGGAGGUCGUGUGGUGCCGCCGCCCUUGCGGCCAGAACACGAUGAGCCGUCUGGCCAGGCUGCGGGGCGCUUACCCCGGCGGGCAUCCGCAGCCGUCCGUGCUCGCCAACAAGGCCGGACGAGCCGCGAGGGCACGGGUCAUCGAUCUCCCGCUCGGGGUGGCGGCGCCGCUCAGCGGGAGCGGGAGACGUGACGUGGCAGGCCCGCGCGGGCAUUGGCGCUAGGAGCGGCGCUGGCCAGCGAAUGUUAGAGCUGCGGAAGCUGCGCGGGGCAUUUAGGUGCCAGGCGGGCAGGGCCCUCUGGACACAGUUGUCCCGCCUGACCCUUUUCAAGUAGCGCUGGGCCG